UCGACGAAUAUUCCGAAAAGAAUUAUUUUAUUUCCAUUAUUGAUGAAAAUAAUAUCGAUGAAAAUUCUUCUAACAAAGUUCCUAAUAAUGACUCAUCAUUUUUCGAAAUUGAUAUUGAUUUAAAUUCUUGUAACGAAGUUGAAGAUGAUUAUUAUGAUGAAAAGCACGCGGAAUUUUAUGGGAUUAGGAUAAUUUUAAAAUCGAUUUUUUUUUUUUCUAUGAAUGUUAUUUUAC